AUGGGCUCUAAUGAUGAGGACUGCAAUCAACAGGGCUCCGCAACCUGUCCAAGCCACUCUGACGCCUGCGCUUUGGUCCGAGGACAAGGAAGUGAGUUACACAGACCUGACAGGCUGUUCUGUCUGGACCCCCAGGCCAGGGGCUUCCCAUGGGACAUGAAAAUAUCUAAUAAGAGAUAAACAGAGACUUCAGACAAGGGCCUUAAUUAGGUUCAUCAUAGAUAACAGAGAGACUUACGAUCAGACAAGGGCCUUAAUUAGGUUAAUCAUAGAUAACAGAGAGACUUAUGAUCAGAAAAGGGUCUUAAUUAGGUUAAUCAUAGAUAACAGAGAGACUUACAAUCAGACAAGGGUCUUAAUUAGUUUAAUCAUCUGUAUGUUCCUGCUGUCGUUGCACAAUUUCAGUAACUUCCCCAAAAUUCCUAAACUGUGUUAAAUGUUGAUAAUAAAACAUUAUAAAGCUCAUAACAAGAACUUACAAUACAUUAAAUCAUCUCCCUUUCCCUCUCUCCCCCGUUCCCUCUCUCCCCUUGUUCCCUCUCUCCUCAUUCUCUCCCUCUCUCCUCCCUCUCCCUCCCUCUCUCCUCCCUCUCCCUCUCUCCCAAACUCCAUCGACACUUUCCGUCUCUCUCUCUCUCUCUCUCUCUCUCUCUCUCUCUCUCUCUCUCUCUCUCUCUCUCUCUCUCGCUCUCUCGCUCUCUCUCUCUCUCUCUCUCUUUUUUUCUCUCACGCUCUCUCAGGCGGAGUGAUGAAGUCCUGCUCCUACAAGUCUUUCUGUAGCCAGGCCAACAGUCAGGGUUACAGGUCGCCAGGGGUCAGAGUUCACUGCUGUUUCUUUAACGACUGCAACGUGACAGCAAACGCAUCCAAACUGGGAGGAAGUCUCAGCUACCUGCUACUCCUCCUGCCCCUGCUCCUCCACUGGAUCUCAAUCUAA